UUAUUCCUACUUGCUCUAUUUCCACAGCGGCAUGAAUUACGGUGAUACGUUUCGCACUGCGGGAGUCGGCGCGGCGGCCAAGACGGCACCGUCCACAUCCGAGCCGGACCAUUUCGGUUUGUCCGACAGUUACCUCUAUCCAACGCAAGACACGGGCUCGUUCGAUGGUGACGACGACCAUUAUCAUCAUCAUCAUCACCGUUACCAACGAACGUCCCGGCGCAAAUGGAUGUACUACACUUUACUCGGUGUUCUCGUUGUAGUUGGAGUCGCCCUGGGAAUUGCCGUAGCGGUGGAGCGCCGCAACAAUAACAGCGGUAGCCCAAGCAGCCAAAGUAGCAACCAAGGCGGUACCGGUUCCGCACCUUCCGGGAACAACGACAAGAACAACGAUAGUGGUGUCCCCCGAUCCCCCGUCUACGAAAUCUUGCAACCUUUCGCGUUGCGAGGCGGGGCCGAAUUCAACAACCAUGAUUCCUAUCAGUUCAAGGCACUCCAGUACGUGGAAGCACACGCCGUCGCCCACAACACCACUUCCACCACGAAUGCCCAGUCCGCGCUCUUCACGGACAGUCGUAUCGUCCAACGCUACGCUUUGGCCUGUAUUUACUACGCCACCUACCAGGUCCCUACGACUUGGACGGGUUACCGCUUCGCCAGCCGUUCGCUCCUGCCUUGGCAGAACAGCACCGGCUGGCUAAACGAACAAUUUCCGGACGAAUGCGACGGAUGGUUUGGUAUUCGUUGCGACACGCAGACUCGUCAAGUCGUCGAACUCGAUUUCGCGUCCAACGUACUCACUGGUACCAUGCCACCGGAAACGGCCCUGCUCCGAGCCCUACAAAUUCUUGAUCUCUACAACAAUCACGUGUACAACGUCGGCGCUGCCGGCAACGAUUGGCUCGGAAAUCUGACCAACUUAGAACAAUUGUUUUUGGGGAAAUCGCCGUUCGUUACCAUUGACGAAGGCAUUCCCACGGCGCUCUCACGGCUGUCCAAACUCCAGGAUCUCGACGUAUCCUACACACUCUACCGCGGCGCAUUGCAACCCUCCCUUUUUCGCAACUGGCCCGACUUGGUUUAUUUAAAAAUGGGCGGCAACAGCUACAAUUCAUCCCUCCCGCUCGCUCAGGCCAAUCUGCCCUCCCUCAAGUACCUCUACGCAGAAUACACCGAUCUGCACGGCACUCUCAGGAACCUGUUUGUCAAAGCCCCAUCCCUCGUGGAAGUUUGGAUGGAUAGAAAUCCUCGGCUUUCCGGAUCGCUACCCACCAACAUGGGCAACGACGCCCCCGGAUUGGCUUCCGUGUCCUUUACGCACUGCAACUUGACUGGGACCAUCCCCAGCAGUCUCGCAUCCAUCCCGGGACUACAACAAGUGUGGUUGUACGAUAAUGCACUCAGGGGUUCCGUGCCAACCGAAUUCGGUGCCUUGUUGGGUUUGGAACGCUUACAAAUGGAACAAAAUCAACUCACCGGAACAAUGCCAGCGACAUUGUGCCAGCAAGUCGCCCCCCUUGGCCGUUUACAGCAUUUGACGGUGGACUGCGAGGAGAUUGGUGGUGUCCCACCCGAAGUGAAAUGCGACGAAUCGUGCUGCUCCUGUUGUGGACCCUCCUGUAUCACCAACGGUGCCAACAUGGGCGCUCGGUAAGGUUGAUCGGUAGCGAUGGACCGGAGGCGAGCGAACCAACAAAGAUGCCGCCAUCUUCUACGACGAGACCACAGAGAAACCUCGGCUUGAUUCCGACUAUUGUUUCUUGCUCAAUCGAAACCUCUGGGGAGCGAUGUUGAACGCACAUGCUAGCCUCAUCUUCAUAGAUAGCCAGCGGUAGGGUACUGAACAGAGGUCGACCGAGAGUACUUUUUCCGAUGAAGCUACAAAAGUGCUUGGCGAUUUGCCCUCUGAUUAGUCGAUUUUACGCUACAAGUAGUAUCACAGCUAUGCCAACAGUAGCGGUGAAUGUUUUGUUUACGAAGAUCCCAUUUCUUCUAAAAACUAUUUUAAUAGGCAAUA